GAUUCAGUGGACGGGACCUAUUUACACAGAGAGCGAGAGAGAAACAAACACACACACCUACUCAUAAAACACGCACACAAAUUGACACAUCACAGCAGCAUCAUCAGCAGCAUAUUAUUAUCGAUAGAUAGAUAAACAAAACAAACGUGACGUUGGGUGGGUAUGUAGAGAGCACAAACCAAAAACUGCAACAUCAACUUCUUCUUCUCCUCUUCUUCUUAUUCUUCUCACCCCUCUCUAUCUCUCUCUCUCUCUCCCUCGCCGUUUUCACUCAAUUCUCUCUCCAACACUUUUCAUUUCUCUCCUCACGCCAUUACUAUGCAACUUUCUCCCUCACUUUUCUAACCAUCUCUUUCUCUCGCUCUGAAACAAAGGAGUGAGAAUUAGGUCGUCGUUGUUGCUGCUACUGCUAAACAACAACAACAACAAUGGAGUCAACGGAAUCUUCAUACGUUUCAUCACCAGAAGGACCAAGGAAACACGCUGGUUCACCUCCUCCCAAAUCACCUUCUCAAGAUUCUGUGGAAAAGCCAACAUAUGUUAGGUUUCUGGUAUCAAACUCUGCUGCUGGUUCUGUUAUUGGAAAGGGUGGUUCAACUAUCACUGAUUUUCAGUCACAAUCUGGAGCACGAAUCCAGUUGUCGCGCAACAAUGAAUUCUUCCCAGGAACUACUGAUAGGAUUAUCAUGGUAUCUGGUGCAAUCAAUGAAAUACUAAGAGCCGUAGAGCUUGUUCUUUCAAAGUUGCUCAGUGAGCUUCAUAGUGAGGAUGACAAUGACGUUGAGCCAAAAACAAAAGUGAGACUCAUUGUUCCUAAUGGUUCUUGUGGUGGAAUAAUUGGCAAGGGAGGUGCUACCAUUAGGUCAUUCAUUGAAGACUCUCAAGCUGGCAUUAAAAUAUCUCCUCAAGAUAAUAGUUACUAUGGACAGAAUGAUCGGGUAGUGACCCUAACAGGAACUCUUGAUGAGCAGAUGCGCGCAAUUGAUUUAAUUGUUUCUAAAUUAGCUGAAGAUCCUCAUUAUUCACAGACCAUGAAUUCUCCGUUUUCAUAUUCUGGUGUUUAUGUCUCGGGUUAUCAGGGUGUUCCAUACACAUAUGUGCUUCCAUCUGUUGCAUCACCAGCAUACAACGCACCGAAUUACAGGUCUAAUGGUACUGGAGGAGGAAAGUUCCAGAACAGCAAGGAGGAUCGAAGUAACUCAAUGACCAUCGGUGUUGCAGAUGAGCAUAUAGGGUUGGUUGUUGGCCGUGGUGGAAGGAAUAUAUCGGAUAUUAGUCAGACUAGUGGAGCAAAGAUAAAGAUAUCAGAUAGAGGCGAUUACAUAUCUGGAACAACUGAUAGGAAAGUUACCAUAACAGGAUCGCAGAGAGCAAUUCGUACAGCUGAAUCUAUGAUACUGCAGAAGGUUGCUUAUGCUACUGAGAGAGUGGCAGAGUAGUUUGCAAGUUCACCGAUCUACUGUUAGAUUCUUGGUGAACCUACUUGCGACUGCUCAUACAUUUGCUGAAUUUUGGGAUUUGUUUACAUAAACUAUCGCCACUUGAUAUACUUUCGGAGAUCUUUAUUGUAUUGCUAGAGAGCAUGGUUUUUUCCCUUGUACUUAGACCGUUCUUACAGGAUUUCUUCUCAAAACCAUUGAAAAGGGCUUUAGUGCUUUUCCAAAUGUAGUAUUUAGAACUAUAUUCUUUUGUUGUAAGUCAACUGUUGCUGAUAUCAUCCAGAGAGAUCACUCCUUGCUAUCCUUAGCAGCGGUUGACUUGUAUCUUCAAUUACUGGCAUGAGAUAGAAUCUGAGACUUGUUUAUUUCCACUGAUGCCAACUGAGAAUUAAGAAUUCACUUGUGAGUUGUCACAACCCUACACCACCAAGUUGUUAGUUA